AUGGACAUCCAAAACCUCUUCAAUGUCAAGGACAAAGUCGUCCUGGUGACAGGCGGCGCCAAAGGCAUCGGUCGAAUGAUCUCAGAAGGAUACGUGACGAACGGUGCUACGGUCUACAUUUCCUCGCGCGACGCCAAGGCAUGCGAACAAGCAGUCGGCGAGCUCAAUGCCCUGGGAAAAGGCAAAGCUCAUGCCAUCCCCGCCGACUUCUACAAGGAGGAGGACAUCAAGAAAUUGGUCGAAGAGUUCGGAAAACGUGAAAAUAAACUCCAUGUCUUGGUCAACAAUUCGGGGUCCACGUGGGGAGCGCCGUACGAUGAGUAUCCUUCAGCGGCCUGGACUCGCGUCUUGACUCUCAAUCUUCACCGGGUUUUCGAUCUGACCAAGCUCCUUACACCGUUCCUCGAAAAGGGCGCCAGCGAAGGCGAUCCGUCACGAAUAAUUAAUAUCGGCUCGGUCGACGGACUUCGGGUACCCCCAAUGGAAACAUUUGCAUACUCCGCGUCGAAGGCUGGCUUGCACCAUUUGAGCCGUGCGCUAGCCAAUAAUUUGGGGAAAAGGAACAUCACGUCCAAUACACUGGCAUGUGGCCCCUUUCGCAGCAAGAUGAUGGCUGCCACCCUGCGUGAGAGGGAAGCCGCUCUGGUCAGGGACAUUCCCUUGAGUCGAAUUGGCAAAUCGGAGGAUAUAGCAGGCGCAUGUCUUUUCUUGAGUAGCCAGGCGGGCUCAUAUGUGAGCGGUGCUACAAUUACGCUGGACGGUGGGAUGGUGGUCAGCCCAAAAUUGUAA